CGCUGCACCAACUUCAUUCCGCACCACCGCGCGACUCGACUCUCCAGGCUCAGCGCUCCCCCCCCUACAGUAACAUCCUAGCGGGCAUAUACAAAAGGCAGAAAAUGUCUUUCCUCGUCGGAUCAGUUGCUGGUGCGCUCGUAACCGGUGGUGUUUACUAUGGUUUCUCUAACCUGAUUCAAACGAGGUCUGAGGAGCAUCGCGUCGACAUGCACUCCCUUUCCGACCGACUUACCAACGCCUCUACCCUCAUUCCAUCUCCACCACCAGCGUCGACCCGCAUCACACACAGACCGUUCGCUUCGCUCCUCCAAUCUCGAUGGAAUGACGAAAUGGCAGGUUUAUUCAGGAGCAUAGGCACAUGGGAGGAGCGUGCUGAGGAUUGGGGCAGGAAUAUUCUCUAUGGAAAUAAUUCACGAGCCCGUAAUUCGUAGUCUUACAUCCAAAGCACGUAGAAUCUUCACAUACUAUCUGUCGCGGUCCCUCGUUCACCCAAUAGAGAUAAACUCCUGA